AUGGUAGAGAAGUGUACUGAUGUGUUACAAACUGAGGCUAAUAGCAAAGACACAAUACAAGAUGAAAUCGAAGUUAGCAUCAAUAAACCCCCAAUACCAGGAUCUAACAGCUUUGAUAAAAAUAAGAAAAUAUUAAUUAAUCAAAUUUCUGAAAAUCCUAACAUUGAAGACAGCCAAGAAACUUCUGUUAGUUUACUUGCUUUUGAGCACUCUUAUAGUAGACCUAUUUUGACUGGUUAUAAUGAGAAUACAGGAUUGACCGGAAUACAGGAAAACAAUGUAAACAUAUUGAAUGAAGAUGAAAUAAUAUUUGCUGAGAAUCAUGAAGAGAUACAGAAUGAUACAGAAGAACCAAUCCAUUCAAGAAAAAGAAAGAGGGAUGAAAAUAAAUGGAAGAAGAAUGUACGAAAACGCCUUAGAAACAGUGGACAGGAAUAUUUGUCAGUAAAAGGAACUACAGUUAGAGAAAAGGAAUUCAGAUUUUUUGAGUGCAAAUGUAAUUUUAAAUGUAAGACAAACUUUCUUCCCGAAAAAAGAGAAGAAAUACAUAAAUACUUUUACAAUUUGAAAGAUUGGAAAUUACAGACAAUGUACAUUCAGUCACAUGUUAAAGUGGGUGAAAACCUCCCUCUGAUAGUGUUGAGGGGUGAAACAUCCCGUGCAGCGUCAUAUCCGGACCCGCCGGAUAUGACGUCGCUGGGCACCUGCAGGGGCCAACAUGUUCUGAUAAAGAAGAACAAUUCGCCAGUAUAUAAGGACACAAAUCUUGACGAAUGGUUUGAAAACCAUGUGUCUGAACCCCUCAGCAAAAAGCUAGAGGAAUUCCAAGAGAGAGAUAGUGGCUGGGCAUUAAAGGCAGUUGUUAACCUGGGGGUAAAUAUAAACAAAUAUACGCCGCAACUUGGUUCCUCAUACAUUGAACUUCCUCCUCAAAUAAAGAGAAAGAAAGCAUGCGUUAUCGUCAAAAAUGAUGAUGAGACAUACUUUGCGUGGUCUGUCAUAUCAGCGUUGAAUCCUGUGGAUAAAGAUCCUCAAAAACUAGAAGCUCACACCAAGGAUUGCGUAAGAAUUAACGAAACAGCCAUUAAAAUGACCGAGGAAAGCAAUAAAAUGUUGAAAUUUAAGAAUUUCCGGAAUAAGAUUAAAGCUCCCUUCGCCGUGUACGCAGAUCUCGAGAGUGCUUUGAAACGUACAGGAGAUCCUAAAAAACCUCAAAGAACAUAUUCCUCUAGCAGUUGGGUACUUCUUUAA